AUUUUCCAGCCUUUAACUUUCUGAUACAGAGCAGAGUAAAAUGUUGGGUGUUUUCAGCAGCUCCAUCAUGUCGCCUCCAGACGAGCUGGUGGCCGCCGGCUGCCGGACUCCGUCGCCCAAGAUCACGGCGGAGGCGCUGAUGAACCGGUUCAUCCAGGGAAACCCCUCCGCCGUUUCCGUACAUGUCGGAGACCACGUUCAGCUUGCCUACACUCACCACAACGAGUCCCCUUUGCUGCCCAGGUCAUUUGCGGUGAAGGAUGAGAUAUUCAGCUUGUUUGAAGGGGCACUGGACAACCUGGGGAGCCUGAGGCAGCAAUAUGGGCUAGCCAAGUCAGCAAACGAGGUGGUUCUGGUGAUAGAAGCGUACAAGGCACUGCGUGACAGGGCGCCUUACCCUCCUAACCAUGUCGUGGGACAUCUCAGUGGAAGCUUUGCUUUCAUCGUCUUCGACAAGUCCACUUCCACCUUGUUUGUUGCUUCUGACCAAUUUGGGAAGGUGCCUCUGUCUUGGGGAAUCACUGCUGAUGGGUAUGUGGCCUUUGCUGAUGACGCUGAAUUGCUCAAAGGCGCUUGUGGCAAGUCACUGGCCUCUUUCCCCCAAGGAUGUUUCUUCUCCACAGCAGUGGGAGAACUGAGAAGCUUUGAGAAUCCCAAGAACAAAAUCACUGCUGUUCCUGCUCCCGAUGAAGAGAUAUGGGGUGCAACCUUCAAGGUGGAAGGCCCAGCGGUUCUCGCAGCCACAAAAUAAUGACGUUGCUCUCCAUCACUACUUCCUAAACCUUUUGUUUAUUUCAGGGGCGGAAAAAGGGGGUUUUUAUGUGGUUGUGGACGAAAGGCUUGCAUGGAGGGGUGCCAUGUAAAUAGCAGAGUGAGAGUUGGGUGGUGUUGACUUCUGAAGAGAGUAUGUUUGUGCCAAGCGAUGGGCAAAUUUAGUACGUGGGUCUGGUAGUUGGUAGGGCCUGUUUUCUCUAGGAUAGUUGCUCUUUGGGUUAUAUAGCUUUUCAGUGGUUUCAAUCAAUGUACAGCUAUGUUCCCUAGUUUAAUAAAAAGCUUGUGUGAUAGUUUGAAAUUAAUCAA